AUGAGACUUUCUUUUGUGUCUACUGUGUUGAUUGUUGUAGUCGCUGCAGUUCAAGGAGCACCCCUUGGUAAGUCGUAUAAACAUUGAUGAAUUUUAAUGUAAUUUACUAUGUAAAAAGUAAUUACGAUGUAAAAUGCUUAUAAAGCAUAUUUUUAUCAAAGUUAUGCAAUUUUCAGAACCAAUAGUGAACUCUCUACAACAAGCUGUCCAACCGGCUGUCGAUGACGCUCCUGUGCCACCGGCUCUUAGCCAAGGUGCUAAUGCCAUUGAAAGUAAGUUUUUGUGGACGUUUUAACAACUUAAAAAUGCUAAUUGGAAUAAAAUUUUACAUAAAACUAGUUUUAAAAUGUUACAGUAUCUAAAAUUUUAUUUUAAAAACUAUAGCAUUGACUACACCGUAUUUUAUACCUCAUUAUAGACUCACUACCUUAAAUAUUGUUUUAGACACAGUAUCUGGAGCAGCUGACCUUGCCUUCCAACCUUUCAACUCGUUGUUGCCUGGUGGCAGUCCAAUUAGUGUCGCUGAUAGUGUCUUUGAACCAAUUGGCUUUGCUCCGUUUGGAACGGCCGCCUCUGCCGUCCCUCAAUAUCUCGGCGAAGGAGUCAACUUUGUAGCUUGUGAGUAUAAUAACAUAAGAACUAUAAUUCUACUACCUCUGUAGCAUGAACAUACCAUUUUUGUUUUACCUUUUCUAGGUCAAAAAGUUUAUAGAAAAAUUAAAAAUUUAAAAAUUUUUUAAAUUUUUUACAAAUUAUAAAAAAAUUAUUUGCAGCCAAUGCCCUAGACCCAGCCAGCGAUGCCUUCCAACAAAUCCCAGGCAAUCCAAUUGAAAUGCUGAACUCGGCCGUCCCAACACUUCCAGCCGCUGCCCAAGAUCCUUUAAACGGCGUUGACAAUCCAUUGACUGGAAUCUUCUCUGACUUUGCUGGAGCUGCCAACCCUCUCGGUAGCCUUUAA